AUGCAUCAACAGGAGGAAGUAAAAACAUCACAAGAAUCGACCCGUAAUGCCAAUGUUCAAAAAGAUUUAAUACAGAAUGAUCACGUGAAGAAAAAAAAUUGGCGUACAACUAUCAAAAUAGAUUUUGUGCACUAUUUGACGCUUGGUAUUAUUGGUACUUUAACGUGGGGCUUAUUGUGGUGUUCUUUUGGCAAUGAAUGGCGAUGGGAUGGACAGUGGUUUCGACUAAUUGUGGUCGCAUUAGUGGCUUGGGGCAGUGGUCUUCUAUUCCAAGAGUUAACCACAUUGCCACCACUUCUUGCUGCGCUGUUAACCGGUAUUUUUGCCCGACAAUUUGGUAUUCUUGAUAUGCGGUUAUAUCCUGAAAUCGAUUUAUUUUUAAGAAAAAUUUACCCCGUUAUCAUUCUUGGAAAGGGAUCAUUAGCAUGGGAUUUAAAUUACAUGAAGAACAAUUGGAGGCAAGUGGCGGCACUGGGUUGCCUACCCUGGACUAUAGAGGUUGUCGUAACAGCGUUUUGCUCUCACUACCUACUGGGAUUUCCAUGGUUAUGGGGGUUCCUACUGGGCUCAAUUUACGCUUCAGUAUCAUGCGCCGUAGUAAUUCCACAAGUGCAACAACACGGCACAAAGCCAGACAGAACGCAGAACUGGCCACAACUAAUCUGCACGGCCGGCGGCACAGAUACUGCGCUCAGUGUCGGAGUUUAUGGCCUCAUUUUCAGCUUUAUGUUUUCCAACGCCAGUGAUCUUUAUCGUUAUUUUAAGGCAGGUCUGACGUUAUUUGCGGGAGUAGCGCUAGGCGUCAUCUGGGGAAACCUGGCGAAGUUCGUUCCAAACUCGUGCGACGGCUAUGUUACUGAGUUACGAAUUUUGUUUGUACUUGUCGGCGGACUCUUCGCCAACUUUUUCACGUCAGCAGUAGGAUGGAGCGGAACUGCCGGAGUUGCAGUAUUAGUCUGCAAUGCAACAGCAGCAAAACACUGGGCGAGAAAAGGAUGGAAAUUAAAUCAAAAUCCUGCAUCAACUGCUUACCGUGUUUUAUGGUCUGCUUGUGAACCUGUACUAUUUGCAUACACUGGGACAUUCUUUGUGAUAGAUAGCUCCAUGACAGAUACGAUGAUAAUGGGAUUGGGAAUUUUAAUCAUUUGCUUGACAACAAGACUUUUAACUACUGCUCUGGUGUGUUGGAAUCUGUCGAUUAAAGAAAAGCUAUUUAUAUGCUGUACGUGGAUACCAAAGUCUAUUGUAGAGGCAGUUUUAUGUCCUUUAGCGAUAGACACAUUGCUUAUUAAUAAUUCCGGUACGCAGUAUGAAAUGAAGUAUGCCGAUGAUUUAAUGAGGCUUAUUGUACAAGCCAUACUUAUUACAACUCCAAUUGGUUUUCUGCUCACAAAUCACCUGGGACCUUUUCUCUUAAAAUCUGAAGAAAGAGAAAACAUUUAG